CUGAUAAACAUUGUUCGGAGGCCCGUAGGGGGUCUUCCUUCAGUAUAUAAACGGCAGUUAUCUGAGCUUUCGUUGUACUCAAAAUUGUGCCACAGUUAAGUCUGCAUCACCACUUAUUGGAGUCCAGCUACCAAGACCAUCUUGAAACCGUCAUCAUGUCUCGGAUAAUGCUACUAGCGGCUGUCUUCGCCUUCGCUUCAGCGAUGCCUGAGCCUAACCUUUUCGAAGACAUAGUUACCGCUGAACUCCGUAAGCUGCUGACUCCCUAUGACCCCCACACCUUCACUGGCGUCCACACCCUCAAUGUUACCCACGAUGACACAAGCCUUCAUUUCACCUUUGAUGAACUCACAUUUACUGGAUUAGCUGAUAUUGAAUGCACCCACUUCAGCCCACCCGUCUUAACAAAAGAGGUCACCAUAACCACCCAACAUCUGAAAGUUGAUAUUCACUCGCCCAGCUACACUGUCGAAGGUCACCUGAACGGGCAGCCCCUGUCAGCUUCUGGUGUAGCAGACUUGACUGCACACACUUUCGGUGGUACCGCGAAGUUCCAUGCUGACAGCCACAGCCUUUCUCCUUUCUCGAUCUGCAUCGCCCCAGGAACCCUUCAGCUCGAUCUCUUCGUUGAGAGUCUCGAUGCCAACUUUGAGAACGCUGAAGAACUAAACUACGAGAUCGACACCCGUGGACCAGAGCUGGUAGACCUUUUGGAAGCAGACCUCCUGGUUCAUGCCGAUGCCAUUGUUGACUUCCUUAACCACCAUCUCUGCAAGGUAUAAACACAAGACUAAUCACCAGAGAGAAUGAAAAUUAUGGAACAUUUGGGAAAGGCUACAAAGUAAAUAGCAGAUAGCUUGAAUAUCUGAGCUAUGAAAUAAAAAUUGAUCUUGC